CUGCCCUCCCUCCCUCCCUCCCAGGGAAGGAUUUUUCCUGUUUGCUCCCUAGCAGAGCAGAUUGAACUGUUCUGUGGAAAUUGCCAGUCCUGACAUUCCUUGGGCAGUGGGAUGAGACUCUGAACGAGCUGCCAAGGAAAACUCCCCGGUGCUGUCUGUGCCGGUGAAGAGCUCCAGCUCUCCAUGGCAGAAGCUGCUUUGCUUUAAUUUCAGAUGAUUUUUAACCUUCUGUGAAGUUGGGGAGUUUGUUUAUAAGCAUUUCCCUGUCAGCUGGUAUUUAAAUGAUAAGCAGGUGCUAAUGCUCAGAAGAAAGGACUUAGUGAAAGGUCUGAUCCCGGAGGCUUUAGUUCUUUGGGAUCAUUUAUUUGUGCUGUUUAAUCUGAAAUCUGUGAGGGAGUGAACGAUCUAAUAGUUUGCUAAUGAGUAUUGCAAUGAAAUUACUUACAAUUUUAUUGCUGUUAAUACUAUGAUGAGGAUAAGCUGAUUGUAAUAAAUAACUUAGAUUUGCAUAUCUCCAUUCAUAUCAGACAGUUUAUAAAUAGGAAUCUCUCACCUUUCCAAGGAGGUAAGUGAAGAAAUUCCCUUUUUCCUGAAGCAGAGCACUUUGGCUGUUGCACUGAUAAUCACAUUCCUGUACCUGUCAAGUUUGGAGUGUUCUUUUUCUGAUUUUGAUGCUUUCUAAUAAUUGCACAGUAAAUACUUCUGCCCAAUCUGUUAAAAUAGCAUUUCUCACAGGGCUGUUUCUCACUGUACUUCUUAAUUAAUAUUCAUACAUGAGUCUUGCCUGUCUCAUCCUGAUGUCAGGGGGCUGCUGGAGAUUUUUGCCUUGCUCAGUAAUCAGGUGUUUUGAAUUGAUUGGGGUGAAGUAAUGAAAAAUGAGUUAUCUGAGAAAAAAAAGGAAUUAACCACGUAGGUUUGUGAUUUAAAAUAACAGAACUGUGAUGAAAUAUUAAUUUAAAAAAGGAAUACAAUAUAAUUGCAGUAGCUUCUAUGGGCCAGUGUUCUCACACUUUGCUUUAAUGUCAGUGCUGCCCUGACUUUGUUUUGCAGUGAGGCUCAGCCUCAACUUGACCAAAUCUCGAGUUGCUCUGUGAGUUCCUCACUCCAGGUUUGAGUCACCAUUCAUUCAAUAUUUGAGUUUGCUUUCCAAACUCCUUUUCUUUUUUCCUGCCAGUGUUGCUGUCUCCUUGUUGGGGGUCUCCCUGUGCUUUGGGCUGUCAGCAGAGCAGCUGUUGGGAGCAGUUUGUGGGUUGGGUGUUUGAUCCCUCAGGAAUGUGGGAUCCAAAGCAGGCCAGGCUGGAUUUUGGUCUCAGUCCCCCAUGGCUUGGCUGGCUCUGGGUGUCUGUCCUGGUGCUGUUUGGGUGAACCCACAUCUCCUCAGAGCCAGAUGGUGCCUUUUGUUUGCACCAUUUUGGCACAUUUUCGUUCCUCUGCUCUUCCCUCCUUGCAUGAAUCAGCAAGCACAAGAACUGAGGUUUCCACCAGCUGCCUGUUUUCCCAAAUUUCCAUCCUUCCUGCUGUGCUGGGCAGCAGAACUGAGAUCCCCAGGAGUGUGCAUGGGUUUGGGAUGGGGCAGUCACUGCCAUUAACCCAGCUAAUUCCUCCUCAUUAGGCAAAUAUUCAAAAAAGAUCUUUCCCAAUUAAUCAGUGUAUGUUUACUACCUUUUUUUAAUGUUGUGUCACAAAUUAUCACUCUUUCCAGACCAGAUCUGGUGCAGUUACCUGUUUUCUCUCAACACACAGCAGUGUGAUAAGCCCAGGAGUUUUGCAGGGAUGAGUGGCAGAAGGUCCACUCCUGUAAAAUCUUUUCCACUGCAUAAAACAUACUCUCCCUUAUGACGUUUUUUAUUUUGUCUCUUGCUUCUUUGCAUUUUUUUGUCUUCUUUGAUUUUGGUUGGCUUGGAGAAGCUUUGGAGAGAUGAUUUAACUUUGUCCACGUGCUCUCAUUGAUAAAAUAAAGUUAUUUUUUCAGAUACCAGAGGACUGCUCUGAUUACCCAGGAAAUGGUUUUAAUUAUUAAACAAGAAAUUGGAGAAAAGCUUCUAGAACAGUGCUGUCAUUUUGGAUUCCUGUCAGAGUAAAGGGAGGAGGACUUGCAGCUUAUUCAUGGGGAGACUUUAUCUCCCUUUUGAAGGAACAACAGAGUCCUCCCUCCAUCCUGCUGAUUCGUGGGGGGCAGAACAAAUCCCACGUUGAUUCCUGUUCUCUGUGACAUGAUUUGCAUGUAGCAGUGGCAGCAGGAAGAUGUGAUGUGCUCACAUUUGGGUUUGGGUUUUUGGCUGGCAGGGCCCUGCUGGAAGCUGGCACCUGAGCAGGAGCUGCUGGGGGGGGAAGGAUGCUCAGGGAUUCCAUGAAGUCCUGGACUGACAGCCAGUCAGACCUGUACAGCAGCGACCAGGAGGAGGAGGAGCAGAUGAUCUUUGGAGAAAAUGAAGAGGAUUUGGAAGAGAUGAUGGAUUUCAGUGACUUGCCUACCUCACUCUUUGCUUGCAGUGUUCACGAGGCCGUGUUCGAGGUGCAGGAGGAGAAGGAAAGGUUUGAGGCACUGUUCACAGUCUAUGAUGAGCAGGUGACCUUCCAGCUGUUCAAAAGCUUCAGGAGGGUGAGGAUAAACUUCAGCAGCCCCGAGGCAGCAGCACGAGCUCGGAUAGAGCUGCACGAGACCGAGUUCAGCGGGAAGAAGCUGAAGCUUUACUUUGCACAGGUGCAGGUGUCCAGUGAAAUUGGGGACAAGUCCUACCUCCUUCCUCCACAACCUGUGAAACAGUUCCUGAUUUCCCCCCCUGCCUCUCCCCCAGUGGGGUGGAAGCAGAGUGAAGAUGCAACUCCUCUGAUCAACUAUGACCUGCUCUGUGCUGUCUCCAAGCUGGGGCCAGGGGAGAAGUACGAGCUGCACGCAGGGACAGACUCCACCCCCAGCGUGGUUGUGCACGUGUGUGAGAGCGAGACGGAGGAGGAGGAGGAGGUGAAGAACCCCCGACAGAAGAUCCUGCAGACGCGGCGCCCGGAGCCGCCGCCCACCCUCCUGAGUGACUCCAAAGCCUUCGAGUGCCCCCUGCAGGUGGGGGGGACAAUGAGCUGAGCUGCUCACUGGUCCCAAACCAGGCACCCGGCCCCUCCAUGUGUUGCUGUCUGUGCUGCUGCUAUAGGUCACUACAGAUCUGACUUGUAGUUGUCUCUCAUGUUCAAGAUUUUGGAUGCCAAUGCUCUGAAAAGCACUUUAAUUUUAGGGACUAGCUCCCCCCCCCGAGUGUAGCAAAUCCACCUGACUUGAAAUAGUGACAGUUAGGGAGUCUGGCUGUGUUUUGGUUUUUUAAGAUGUCGCCCUUUGCUCUCUGUUGUACAGUGUGAUGUUCCAAGUGCUGAAAUAAUCUCCUCCUGUCACGAGUGGGUUCCAGCAAGUUCCUUGUACAGCAGCUAAAAGCUGAU